CAGAACACUAGGAGAUGGAGUAGAGUCGAAAAUAGGGUUGUUUUGAAAUUCAACAGAUUGAAUAACGAACGUAGUAUCGCUUUGUUCAUUCACAACUCGAGCAAACUCUUCACCUACAGUAGCAUUCCAUUCCCUCAACUAUUGUUCUUGUGAUUAGUACAUUUAAUCCAUAUGUUGAAGAAUACCUUUUCGAUGAUAUUAAUAAAUGGUUUUGAAAGACGGCUCAUUUCGCUUAUUUGAGAAUGACGAUAGGGUCUUUCUCCGGUGAGUAUCAGAAUUUCAGAAAAUGCGAGCUGGACGUUUCCAGAGACAUUAAUUCUAUUUUUAAGUAUACAGAAAUCAAUUGUGAUAGUCAGUUUAUCUAGUUUUCCAAUACGCAGUAAAAUAUCGAAUAUAGGGACAUGGAAGCAGGUACUAGGUAUAUAAAUAUCCUCGUUUUUGCAAUUUCAAUAAGAAAACCCCGUUUUUAGCGUUUCAUAUUGUUCUUCUGUUUUUAUUUUUUAUAAAUUCCGUUUUAACGUUGAUGAUAUGAAAUGAACUUUCCAUGCUGCUUUUCCAUAUGACACUGACCUUUGUUGAAAGGUGAAGGAAGUAAAUUCAAUAUCAUUUUUAUAAAAAAUAAAUACUGAUGAAUGAUCAUACCAGGAAUCUCUUGUAAGCUCCAACUCUCACAUUGCCAAAGGCAGGCAGGCAGACAGCCUUGAUCUUUCACUAUACCUCUAUCAAGGUCUUUCACAAGCGAACAAUUAAAGUCGAAAGUGUCAAAAACGCCUUGGAAAUUGAUUGAAAUAAAUUUAAAGACAUUUGAAGUUACUCGUACAUUGACUAGAGAAUUAUAAGGAUGGCAGUCUGGAAUGCAGCAGCUCUAAUGGGACUUUUAGGCGUUGGCUUAGGAGCGUAUGGCUCUCAUGGCUUGCAAAAACGCGUUCAAGACCCUCACUUAUUGAAGUCUUGGUCCACGGGUUGUACCUACUUGAUGUUUCAUUCCCUAGCUGUCAUGGCCAUCUCUCUCCAUCCCAAGUAUGGCAGGUCAAGAUGGACCACUCCUCUGAUGAUUGGUGGCAGUACGCUGUUCUCGGGAAGCAUCUUUGCUCUUGUGUUACUACCAAAGACAUCGUCCUUCCGUAAAUUCUUGGGUCCUGUAACUCCUUUGGGUGGUCUCUUGAUGCUUGUUGGUUGGUCUACAAUGCUCGUCUAAUUCAUGAAUUUGACGAAAUCAACGUUUCUGGCUAUGGCUUGGCUUUUAGAGGGAGCUGCUUUUAGAUGUGAAUUACAAUGGAUGAGUUUUUCAGUGUAUUUUUUAAGCAUAUGACAUGUGACUGAAAGUCGAAGUGAAUUUCUGAUUAAAUAUCAAACCAGCAUUUUAAUGAAAAAAAAAAAAAAAAAUACUACAAGCAUAAAUAAAGACACACACACACACACACACACACACACACACACAUACAGAGGAAUGACAACAAUAACGAUUGAUUAGGUAUUAUACAUGAAACAACACAUAAAGCAUGAAAGGGAGAUUAAUUGUUCAAGUGAAUCAAGUUUUUUUCUUGCAAAUAAGCAACAAUCUUUUCCACAGAUUGUUCAGUGGACAUAUUAUGGGAAGAGACAACGACUUCAGGAGCAAGAGGAGCUUCAUAAGGCGCGGAGAUGCCAGUGAAUUCCUUAAUCUCACCGGCACGGGCACGCUUGUAAAGACCCUUGGGAUCGCGUUGCUCAGCUACCUCAACAGGGCAAUCGACCAAGACCUCGAUGAAAGGUAAGCCAUCCUUGUUGUGGGCUUCACGAGCUUGGUCACGGUCUUUACGAUAAGGAGAGAUGAAAGAAGUGAUGGAGACGACAGAAGCGUCAGCAAACAGUUUAGCAACAUGACCAAUACGACGGAUAUUUUCAUUACGAUCCUUUUCGCUAAAACCAAGGUCGCUGUUGAGUCCAAAACGCACAUUGUCACCGUCCAAGCGGUAAGAGGUAAUACCAUUUUGCAAAAGGUAUUGUUCUAAAGCACAAGCAAUGGUGGAUUUACCAGAGGCUGAUAAGCCAGUCAGCCAGAUGGUCAUGCCCUGAUGACCUAAGAACUUGGUACGUUCAUCUCUUGUAACAGAACCAGGAUGAAAAGUGAUGUUGGUAGCCAUUUCACUGUCUAUAUUGUAUUCUAUUAUUCUAUUGUAGUGUACGGUACUGUACAAUGUUGGAUUAUAAAGAAAACAAAAGGAUGAAUGAAUUCAAGAAGAGAGUAGAAAAAAAAAAAAAAACCAGGCAGUUCUACGGUGACAAGAAGCAAAGAUCCAACUACCGCAAACAAGGGAAUAUGCCAGAAAAAAAGGACCUGCUAAAGGGAAAAAAGAAACAAUAAGAGAGGAGCAAAAUACGAUGGACCGGGAUUUAUCCUUCUUAUAUUUCCGUCAAAUGUCAAAUACUCGACAGUCACAUGGAAUGUCGCAAUAGAGCUAAUGAUUGCGCAAGGCCGAUAUCGAACGUUAAUUUGUCUCGGUUAUGGUUCGAGUUUAAAUUUUUUUUUUUUUUGGUGGUUUCAUGUGACAUAAGUAUUCAUGGUAAACAAAGGAAGGAAGAAAAAAAAACAACAGCAGCAGCAAUGGUAGUAGGCCCUGCCCUACCUGCUUGCCCUCCCUCUAUAAAAUUGAACGCACUACACAAAAAGACGAAAAAGCGUAUUUUACUCAGCCGAUAACAAUUUAUAAAAUUAAUAUAUUCUCGUUUCUUUGAUUUUCAAUUUAAGGAAUUGAAAAAAAUAUAUAAAAACAAGGGGCCAACCGGAUUUGAACCAGUGACCUGGGGAGCUGCAAUCCCUCACUCUACCACUGAGCUAUGACCCCAAGUUCGAUGAAUGAAAAAGCUAUAGCAUACAUAAGUAGAUUGGCAGAUAAGGAUUCGUGAUGAACGAUUGUAGGCUGAAU